CAUCAAUUAUCAUGCGUGACUUGAGCUCUAAACGAGUUAGAGCACCCUUGUUGCUGUAAUUACACAAGCAAAUUAAUAUGCUCACAAUGCAUUUAUCAAAGGAGUGAUGAUAAACAUUUAUCAAAAGAUUUGAAAUUGAGAACACAGCAAAAAAACUUCUUUAUUUGUGGCGUUCACGUGAUUGUCGUUUUCCAUUGCAAGACACAAUGAAUCAAUGAUGCUGAUCAACAGUACCAGUGCUCGACGUGGAUGCAGCCCAAAGAACUGCAACUUUGCACCAGUUACAUUAUUUCUUACAGAUUUUGCCAUCCUCCUCUAAUACUCAUACAAUGCCGCAUGGCAAGAAGAUGCAUGAUUAACUAUGACACUCCUAGAAUGGAAUCAGGAGAUCUUUAUGCAUUUUUCGAUGAAAGGUUGUUGAAGAAAAAGGCGAAAGAGCUUGCCCCAUGCUUAAAUAGCUGCUGUAUAUUUCUGAUUGGAAUGAUGGGAUGUGGAAAAACAACCGUCGGCAAGGUUUUGUCGGAGGCUCUUGGUUAUGCUUUUGUAGAUAGUGACACCUGCGUAGAACAAGCUGUUGGAGAAAUCUCAGUGGCUCAAAUAUUUCAGAAGCAUGGUGAGAGUGUGUUCAGAGACAAUGAGAGUAAGGCGUUGCAAGAGUUGUCUUUAAAGUCUCAGCAAGUUGUUGCUACCGGCGACGGUGCAGUCCUUCAUCCAAUCAAUUGGGAAUACAUGAGGAAAGGCAUCACUGUCUUUUUAGAUGUACCUCUGGAUGCCCUUGCAAGGAGAAUUGCUGCUGUAGGAACUGAUUCCCGUCCUCUUUUGGACUUCGAUUCUGGGGAUCCUUACACAAAGGCUUUGAUGAGAUUGUCUACUCUUUUGGAAAAGCGAGUAGAGAAGUGUUCCAGCGCUGAUGUUACUGUUUCGCUUUCAAAGCUUGCUGAUGAUUUGGAAGAGGAUGUCUCCCAUCUCACGCCAACCAUAAUAGCAAUUGAGGUGCUUGAACAAAUCGAGAAGUAUUUAAGAGGCAAAAAGAAGACGUUCAACUGACAUUUUUCCUCUCGACCUGCCUGAAUUUUCUUCGUUUUAAUUUGUCCAGUGUUUACUACAGAGGUGUUGAUGAAAUUCUCCUGUAAGACAGUAAGAGCUAAUAUCCACAGGCAGUUACUUGCUUUGGGUUUACAGUUCGGAUAAUCGUUCCAUGGAUUAUUGGUUCAGAUGCAAUAUUUCUCUUGUUCAAAUGCAAUAUUUCUCUCUAAAAAAACUAGUUUUUUUUUUUAAUUUCUUAAAUUCAUAUCAAGUUUAAAAAACAUAUUUUAAAGAUUCUAAACCGUGUUUUCAAAAAUCGUUAUAAAUUUGUAAAAUUGAAAAACUAACAUAGUAAUUUUUUAGAUAGAAAAAUAUUGCAUUUGAACUAGAAAUUCUAGACCACGUUCAAUGAUGGAUCAAUGCUCUAUUUUUCUAAGAAAAAUGAAAAAAAGAACUUGGUGUCUAAAUAAUGUAUUUUUCCAAACUGGGAAAAAAAACAAAGAUUUUUUUUUUAUUUUCCCAUCAUUAUAACAAAAGCUAAAACGUCAGACUUUCACUGUGACCUGGGAGGCAUGACACAGUGUACUCAAGCAGUGGAAUUCACAAAUCUCGCCUCUCAUCUCUUCGUUUUCCUGAUCAUUGUUGGCUCGAUCAUCUCUGGCUCUCAAAAGCUUUAUGUACGGCUUGGCAUCAAUUUUCAAUUUUUAUCGGUUUGUUUUCUCAUAUGGCUUGGCAGUGGCGACUUCUUUCGGAAUGGCUGGGAGUUGAUGACUUCUUUAUCGGUCUGGUUCUUUCGGUUUGUUUCCGUGUUUGGUCCUCGUGGCCCUUUCCAGCUACGUUUAUUGUUUUAUUAUAUGUUUAUUUUGCUGUAUAUAUUUCAUCAAAAUUAGGGUGUAAUAUUUCUAUAAGCCUCUUAUAUAAGCUUUUUCUAUUGUUGUUGUUUCCCAUUGGGCAGGCUCUUUUGUGCUCAACUUGGGCAUUUUUUUCCCAGUAAUUUUCAUGGUUGAUUUUCCA